AUGUCCGUCGACAGUACCGGAAGAUAUUUAGUCACCGGCUAUGUGCCCAGCAUGGCCCUCAGUAUCGUCGCGGGCGCCUGCUUCAGUGUCCUUUCGGCCAUCUUCACCUACUUCUUCUUCAAGAGCCGAAGCCACCGAUGGAUGCUUUCCCUCACUAUCGGCAGCAUCUGCAUGAGCAUAGGCUUCUUUGUGCGGAUCGCGAUGACCAAUGACCCCUAUGGGCUCACUAUCUACAUCAUCACCACUCUCCUCACUCUCCUCUCGCCCUGCGCCUUUCUCGCUCACGCCUACCUCCUCCUACCGCGUCUCGCUACCGCUCUCGAUGCGUCCGACUGCCUCCUCCUCCGUCCCCGGCUCAUCGCACGCACCUUCGUCUGGAUCGACGUGACGGUCUUCCUCCUGCAGGCCGCUGGCGGUGGUAUGACUGCCAUCUCCAAUCGGAGCAUCACUGAUGCCGGCCUGAAGAUCGCUCUGAUCGGCCUCAUCGCACAGUGUAUCUCCUUCGGCGCCUUCUGCCUCCUUGUCGCUGUAUUCGCUUGGAAGCUCCGAAAGCAUCACCCCCAGAAAUGGUCCGGCUCGACCUCAUCCUGGCGUACCAACUGGCGUGUGGUGUACUACGCGCUUAUCUGGACCUGUGUCUUCAUUCUCAUCCGAUGCGCGUUCCGAGUUGCCGAAUACUCGGAAGGAUACAGCGGUAAGCUCCGGACGACCGAGUGGUACAUCUACACCUUUGAUACCUUAUCGCUCUUCGUCGGGAUCGCGAUCUGGGCUAUUGUGUGGCCCCCUCGAUACCUGGACGCAGCGGACGACAAGACAGUGAAAGGGACGACAUUGGGCAGCGAGGAGAUGAUGGUGCGGAACCCUGGCGGCCAUGAGGUGCAGCAGAAGUAUUGA